AUGGAGAGCGACGAGUCAGAGAGGCAGAAAAAACUGGAAGCAGGAAAGGAAAAGGUUGUAAUUGAACCCUGUGACGUGGCUUUGCGCGCGAAGUUCAGAAACUACUUUGAUUGAUUUUGCAUUGAGCUCGUAAUAGUUUUUGGCUUAAACAUCUUGUGUUUUAAUACCUUUCCAGCUCAAAAUGUUUCAGAAGAAGAAGUCGGGCACAGGGACGAAGAAAAAGAAGAAGAAAGGGACGUCUUCCACAAGCGGAUCUGGGCAAAGCCCUUCACCCGGGGGUAAAGAGAGAAGACGAAGAAGCACAUCACAAGAUCGGGGUGCGAAACCGCUUGCAGAGGUUGCAGCGGCCGGGCAAGAAAAAGGGGCCCACAGAGAAGGCGAAGACGUUGAGGUGGAGGAAAUUAGUCAGGCAGAUACAGAUAGAGAUGCUCCGUCGAUCGCUUCAGAACUGGGAUCACCGAUUCCUUUUGAUGUGAGUUUAAUAACUUUGUAAUACAGUAUCCUUAUAUAAAGCAGACCGACCACAUGUGUUCAAGCAAUAUCGUCUCUUUUUAACAAAAAUUAACCAAAUUGAAAAAAAUUAUGAAGAACGCAGAAAGCGCUGCUUGUUAAGUGAAAUUCUAGUGGUAAACAAUAGUUUAACAUUUGAAGUUUGGACUCAUAAGCGUGAACUUCACCAAUAAUCUUUGGAGGAAAUCGACCACAAAAUUGACGAAUUUUGCGCAUUGAUAUGGAUACUUUCAUUUUGUAAGUGACAUGGACGUAAUAUACGGAUUCUUCUUUUUACAGUGCAGGAAGUGCGAUUUACUGUCUCUGAGCUUCAGCUGAGGAAGCUAACAUGGAAAUUGGAUACGAGUGACUUCCUAAUUGUAUUACACGCAAAUUUCUUUGAUAACUUUAGUCCCGUUCAUAAACGAAAAAUCUCAUGCUGUUAGGCAAAGUCUUGUUGAUAUGUUUUAAAAAUGUCAGGUUUCCCCCUCAGUGUGACCUCUUCCAUUUAAAAUCAAAAUUUUGUGGAAAGUAGGUGUGAUUCUCGUGCGUGGGCUAUCGCAUGACAACAGGGGACGCCGUCCGUAGUCAAUGACCUCAACAUGUUCAUAAAAUAUUUAAAGGGUUUACUUAAAUAAUACUUCGUUUGUUUUUAGGCUGAACAAGAGCAAAACUCACAAUCAGGAAGCUAUGUCAGUGGAAGCGAAUACACAAGCGGCGAAGAAUAUUCCGAGGUAUGA